CCCAGAUAUCAACACAACAGCUUUAUAAUUCCAGUUAUUUUGCCACGGUCUCUUUUCACUUCUUUGCUGCUGAAAAACCUAGGGUUAAGACUUCCUUGUUAGGUUUUCAACAGCUUUGUGCGCACAAUGGUUCUUCAAAACGAUAUUGAUUUGCUGAAUCCUCCCGCUGAGUUGGAGAAGAAAAAGCACAAGCUCAAGCGUCUUGUUCAGUCACCAAAUUCUUUUUUUAUGGAUGUCAAGUGCCAAGGCUGCUUCAACAUAACAACUGUGUUUAGCCACUCUCAGACAGUUGUGGUAUGUGGCAACUGCCAGACUGUGUUGUGCCAACCAACAGGUGGAAGAGCCAGGUUAACUGAAGGGUGCUCAUUUAGGAAGAAGGGAGAUUGAAUGGUGCAGUAAUCAAACUUUUCUUUAUCCAUGGUCAAGAGUU